AUGGCAUCGAUUGAACGUUCUUUGAAUUUACUGUCGGUAGCCACCACCAUUCAUGAUUGGUUCAUAAGUCAUACACCAAUGCCAUCACUCGUGCGAUCAAUUAGUGAAUAUGUAUUUGACUCAUUAAAAUGUAAAAGAACUAAUCAACUACGAAUACGUCGUGUAAAUUCGUGUUUAUCGAUACAAGAUAGGAUAAAUUUGCUUGGUCUCUUUACGUUUAUCAAGCAAGUAUCACUAAAAACAAAUUGUCAUGUAAUGAGAAAGUAUUCGUACUAUAUGUCAUCUCCAGGUAGUUACGCAAAAGGUUACGUGCGUUGGACGGCUGGUGGCAAACGUGUUAUGUGGGAUGGUAAUCGUUGGCAACAAUUAUGUCAAAUAGAAAAAUGCCUCAAACGCGACCAGAAAUCUCAAGGCGUAUGUCUUAUACAUUUUCGUGAACAACAAGAAAACAAAUUGAAAACUAAAACAAAAAAGUUCAAAAUUGAUGAGAGACCAGAGACAAACAAAUCAGAUAAAAGCAAAAAAUCUAGUCAAUCAAAAAAAGCAUCUAUGCCAACACGUUCCAAACGAAUCAGAUCAAACAAUUCUCUAAAUGGCUCAACUAAAACUUCACAAAUAAGCCCAUCCAAAUCUCACAGAUCAUCUCGAAAGCUGGUGCUUGUUUGUUCGUCACUAACUCGUCAGCAAUUGUCUCAAAUAGAAUUAUUCUGUAGUCGCUUUUCUGCUCGUUUAUCAAACCAAAUCGACGAAACAACUACCCAUCUAAUAGCAAGUGAAGUUGAACAACGUGUAUGUUGUCUAACGAAAAAAGUUUUCUUCGCUGUUGCAUAUCACGUCUAUGUUGUUGGUUAUCAAUGGAUCGAAGAAUGCCUAAGUAAACAAACACUUCUCAACGAAGAAUCGUAUGAAAUUCUCGGCGAUGCAUCUCUAUCUUCUCAACACAACGGCAUGCAUCGUUCGCGGCUAGUUCGCGAGCCUAUUUUCAAAUCUUAUUCCUAUACAAUUGCCGUCGAAUGUUCCAUCGGUUGUCAGCAAGGGAUGUUCAAUCGACAAGAACUCGAAGAACUCGUGCAAUUAUCUGGUGCUAAUCUAUUGCAAGAAGACAAUCGAAAUGACUUAGAUAUCGACACAACUAUCAUCGUUCUAUGUGAUGAUGAUGAUAAAUUGGUCAUGAAGAAAUAUCAAGAUAUCAAAAAUAAAGUUCACUAUGUCAUUCCUGAGUUCUUUCUCGAUUCAAUUGUACUAUAUGAAGUUCAACCCAUCAAAGGCUAUGAAUUGCUCUAUCAAAUAGAGUAG